AUGGCUCAAAAUCAAGGAACACAUCUGAAUCAUCCUCACACCGACCCUCAGCAGCGGACAAAGGGGACCCACGGUUUACAGACAAGAACACAGGGUGUCCAGAAAAGAAAACGGGCAGGAAGGCGUGCGGAGCUGGGCAAGGACAAGAGACCAGAGCGCAGGGAAUUUCCACCGCUUCCCGGCUCUCGCCGACACCAGGGCACCUCGGGCAGCCACUGGGCUGAGCCCCGCGCUUCCACCCGAAGCCAGUCCGGGGCGAGGGACGGGUGGAGAAGGAGUGGCGAUCGGGGAGCCGGGGAGCCUUUCUCACCGGCAGGGAGAGCUCUCCAAGUUGAGGGUGGGGGGCAGAAGAGGGCGAAAGAACUAUCUCACCCACAGAGGGGCGAGGGCGCCAGGAGAAGCACGAAGGAAGGAGCCUCGGACAGGAGGGUGACCCUUCGCCCACGGCCUCGGCUCCCAGCGGUGCCGAGGGCUGGUCGGAGAAGUCAGCGGGGGGACUCGCAGCGGUUGCGAGGCGCGCUCGGUCCCCGAGACCCUCCCCGGGCGCGGCGCCAGGUCCCCCCCGCGACCCCCGGGCAGCCCGGGUGGAAACCCACGCCCGCGCGCGCGGGCAGCCGAGACAGCGGGCUCAGGGCGCCGCGGGCAUCCGCGCAACUUCCCGGGCCCCCUCCCACGCCCCCACCCGCGCCCGCGCCCCGCGCGCCCGUCGGCGGCCGCGGCACCCACCUGCGCGGCGGCGGGCGCAGCCCGGGACGGAAGCGCGAGCGGCGGGCGGAGUUCGUCGCGAGGCUCCGGCUCCCGGGGCGGGGACAGGCCGAGCGCGCGGCGGCGGCGGGGGCGGCGGGGGCUCCGGGUGACUCCGCCCGCCGCGCGCACUCCGCUCCGGGGAGCGGCUCCCGGGCCCGCCCCGCGCCCCGUCCUGCCGCGCGCAGGGGGUUGCGGAACGCGGUCCCCGCGGGGUCGCGCGCCGCGUCCCGGGGGUCUCCCCGCGGGGGCCUCCGUCCCGGGGGUUGGCACUUACUCGCGGCCCGGAGGCGGCGGCCAGCCGGGGCUCCCGCCCGGGGCAGGGAGAGGGGUCAAGGCCGCGACCGAGAGUCCCCGGAGGCCCGAGGAGCCGCCGGGCGAGGUGGCCGCGCAGGCUGCCCGGAGCGAGGCCGCGGAAAAUGUCCGACUGGCUCCCUCCGCCCGGCGCGGGGCUGGGACGACUGCUCCCGAGAGAGGGAUAAGAACCCUCAGAACCGCCCCCCCCCCCCAAACCCCCGCCUUCCUGCUCCCGCCGCGGAACCCUUUUCAUCCCGCACGACGCCCAGCGCGCACUCUAUGACCAAGUUCGUCCCUAAACUGCAGACAUGGAACCCAGGAAUCAAUCCCUUUCCCCUUCCCCGAGCCCCAAAGCAGGACAGAACUGGGCGCCAGGGAUCUGGAAUGUUCCAGUCGGAAGGGUUUAUACCCAAGUCGCCAGACGCUGCGCAUUACUGA